UAUUUUCUUUGUUUUCGCUCACAGUCGUGCCUGCUUUGCCUGUCCUAGUUCCACGCCCCGUCCCUACUCCCCUGUUCCCCACCCGCAACGAUGGACCCCGCACCUGCGCCACCGCCGCCAUUCGCUGUACACCUCGUCAGCGGCGGCAGCUCCUCGCCGGAGCUUCCCCUCCUCCUCCAAUCCCUCGCCGCUGCCCGCGUCGUGGCCCUCGACGCCGAGUGGAAGCCGCGCCGCCGCGGCGCUUCCGCCCCCGGGCCCGUGGACGGCGCCUCGCCGGCGCUCCCGAAUCCGCCGCUGUUCCCGACGGUCACGGUCCUCCAGCUGGCCUGCCGCGGCGAAGAAGGUUGCAGCGAGGUGUUCGUCGUGGACCUCCUCGCCGUGCCGCUCGCCGACCUGUGGGCGCCGCUAAGGCAGCUGUUCGAGCGGCCCGACGCGCUGAAGCUGGGGUUCCGGUUCAAGCAGGACCUCGUGUACCUCUCUGCCACCUUCACGGCGGCCCUCGGAAGCGACUCCCGAUUCGAUAGGGUGGAGGCGUUCUUGGAUGUCACCAAUGUUUAUUACUACCUCAUGGGGCAUGACAGGCAAAAGCGGCUUCCAAAGGAGACCAAGAGUUUGGCUACAAUUUGCGAGGAACUGCUUAAUGUCUCUUUAUCCAAGGAACUCCAAUGUAGCGAUUGGUCAUGCCGACCCUUGAGCGAAGGGCAAAUACAAUAUGCUGCAUCAGAUGCCUACUACUUGCUAGAUAUAUUUGAUCUGUUCCAUCAGAAGGUCAGGACUGAAGAAAAAUGUGUUUCGACAAUGGAAACUUCAGAUCAACAUUGCCCACAAAGGGCGAUAGAGUGCUCAUCAUCAGGAUAUGUCAUUUGCUCUGAUGAUUAUUUGACAUCAAUUAUAACUAAGUAUAGUGACAGGAUUUUGUUGGCAGAGUCAGAUACUAAAGCACGUUCCUCAAGACGAAAACAAAAACAAAAGCUUUCUACCGAUGCCAAGUGUAAAGAGAAGUUUGAUUGCAAUACUGAAUGGCAGGGUCCCCCUCCAUGGGAUCCUUCCGUUGGUGGAGAUGGAUACCCAAAGUUUUUGUGUGAUGUCAUGAUUGAGGGUCUAGCUAAGCACUUGAGAUGUGUUGGAAUAGACGCUGCCACUCCAUCUUGUAAGAAACCUCAACCAAGGGAAUUAUUAAAUCAAGCCUAUAAGGAAGGAAGAAUAUUACUAACACGAGAUAUCAAGCUCUUAAAAUAUCAGUAUUUGGCGACUAAUCAGGUAUACAAAGUGAAAGGCCUGCUCAAACAUGAUCAACUGGCUGAGGUGAUUGAUACCUUCCAGUUAAAGAUCUCUGAGGACCGACUAAUGUCGAGAUGUACAAAGUGCAAUGGAAGUUUCAUUCAGAAACCACUAACGCUGGAGGAGGCCAUGGAAGCGUCCAAAGGUUUCCAGGUUAUCCCCUCAUGCCUCUUCAACCGAAAUCUAGAGUUCUGGAAGUGCACCGACUGCAACCAACUCUACUGGGAGGGAACACAGUACCACAACGCCGUUCAAAAGUUCAUGUCAGUCUGCAACAUCGGUGAGUAAUCAGUGCAACAGCUCUUCUGCAAGAGUGCCGACAACUGCAGGGACUCCAUCACUUCCCAUUCUCGGGGAUUUUGAGCGCUCACGAUCAGGCAGUCCUUUCAUUUUGUUGGUCUGCUGUCCAUUGCCCUGUUGUUGUAAAUAUGGUCAUGCUGUUUUGCAUCCCAAAAUCAACAUGUAGUGGGAAACUGUUCUCUCAAUAAUGCCACUUGUUGUUUUCAUGUAUGUCUUCUGGAAUUAAGUCUGCCAUUUGGAUAAUUGGCCCCAUACGCAAUUUCACUGUCA